GACCUUUUCGACAUUUCAAUUCCACUCGACCACUCAUGGCCUCCAACAUACACCCCAUUGUCAUAUCCGGACCGAGUGGGUCUGGUAAGAGCACCUUGCUAGAGCGCUUGUUCGCAAAGUACCCAAACCUUUUUGGUUUCUCGUGUUCGCACACUACGCGAAGUCCGCGCCCUGGCGAGGUGCCUGGCAAAAGCUACCAUUUCAUCGAACGCGAUGAAUUCGAACGAAUGAUUGCGGAAAAAAAGUUUAUCGAACAUGCUGAAUAUGCAGGAAACUGCUAUGGAACCAGCUUUGAAGCCGUCGAAGUGGUCCAGUCCUCCGGUCGGAUAUGCAUCCUUGAUUUAGAAAUCAAUGGAGUCCGGAGCAUUAAAAACAGUCCCAUGCACGCAAAGUACAUCUUUGUUCAGCCUCCUUCUAUUGAAGUUUUGGAGCAACGACUUAGGAGUCGUAAUACAGAGACAGAGGAAACUUUGCAGACGCGGCUGGCGACAGCAAAGGAUGCUAUGGAUUUUGCGGAAACUGGAGCAUACGAUAAGAUUAUUGUUAAUGACGAUCUCGACAAGGCUUUUGCAGAAUUAGAUGACUUCAUCUCUGUUUUAACCAAGCCUUCCCUUACUACCGACGCUGUGGCACCUACGGAAGCGGAAUCGACUAAACCCGAGCCCGUAGACAAUGCCGCUGUCUCAUCGCCGGAGGCGACGGUCGCUCCAGUGGCCCAGAAAGACACUCCAUCCAAAAAAUCUAAAGUUUGCACGAUUAUUUAAACAAGAAGAGAACCAUUCCCCAAAUGUAAAUUACAAUAGUUGCCGAAUUACGGACAUGUAAAGAGACGGAUAGCUGCAGAAUAUAAAAAAUCGAACGCAA